AUGGCUGGUAGCAAGAACUUAUUGGGGAUUUUCAUGCUUCAAAUUAUGCUUGUUGGUCUCUUUUCUUCGCAUGCCGACGGCCAAGGCUUGAAAGUGGGGUUUUAUGAGAAAUCAUGCCCUCAAGCCGAAGCGAUUGUUUCAAAGGUCAUAAGUGAUGUUAUGUCCGUCGCGCCAUCUCUUUCUGGCCCUUUGUUGAGGAUGCACUUUCACGACUGCUUCAUUCGGGGUUGCGAUGGAUCAGUUCUUUUGGAUUCACCAAAUGGGCAAUCCGAGAAAUUUUCACCUCCAAAUCUAAGCUUGCGAGGAUUCAACAUCAUCGAUAGGGUGAAGUUGGCAUUAGAAAAGGCCUGUCCAGAUGUGGUUUCUUGUGCUGACGUUGUAGCGCUAGUUGCCAGAGACGUUACAGUGGCGACCAAGGGACCACAUUGGGAGGUCGAAACUGGGCGAAGGGAUGGAAACGUAUCCCUAAUUGGGGAUCCCAUAAGCCCUGGGACCGGCUUGCCAUCAUUUUCUGCAAACAUCACUGUUUUGAAACAAUCGUUUGCACUAAGGGGACUAAGUGCAAAAGACCUUGUUGUUCUAUCAGGAGGACACACCAUAGGGAUGUCUCAUUGCUCAUCCUUCGAAAGCCGGCUCUACAACUUCACCGGGAAAGGCGAUACAGACCCCACCAUGGACCCCAACUACAUUGCAAGAUUGAAGUUGAAAUGCAAGCCACGAGACCAAACCACACUAGCUGAAUUGGACCCAGGAAGCUUCAAGACAUUUGAUGAUUCCUACUACAGACUAGUGACUAAGAGGAGGGGGCUUCUUGAAUCAGAUGCAGCCUUACUUAACGACCCUGAGACUAGAGCUUACUUGGUUCAAGCUAUUAGCCAUGGUUCCACUUUCUUCAAGGAUUUUGGUGUGUCUAUGGUUAACAUGGGCAGAAUUGGGGUUCUUACAGGCUCUCAAGGUGAAGUUAGGAAAGUUUGCACCAAAACUAACUAGUCUCCCUUAUCUUUAACCCAAAAUAAAUACCAUCUCUAGCCAAGAGAGAUCUUUUUCCUUUUCAUUCAUGUUAUUGUAUUCGAUUUAAUUUUUUUGUGUAUCAAUUUUUGUAUUGUGAAAUGUAGUCUUCGUGAAAACUUUAAUGUUCAUAAUAUAUUUUGUUUG